GCACCUGUCAACCUGCACUGUCUAAGUAAAACUUGUAAAAAAAGUGUUAAACUGCAAACACUGCAAUGCAAAAUGCAAGUGAAAUUGUUUUGUAAUGUUAUUGUGUUAAAUAUCGGAAAGUGAAUUUGAUAAAAUCGACAAACAUCUGAUUAAAUUACACGCUAUUAAAAAGUUGGAAAACAGGUUCAAGCGUUAAGAUUAAAGCAGGUUAUGUAGAAAUGUGCACGAAAGAGAUAGAAAAAAAACCUAUAAUAAAGGAGCGUCGUAAAAAAACCAACAAAAUUGUCCGAGGAAUGGCGUUCAAUGUUUUGAAACACUCGUUCCUGCUCUUCCGUUCCAUCCUGGACUGGGUCAUCGACCUGGUGUUUUCGUUCUACUGGGAGAGCAAGCGGCAACCAAUCCCGGCCCUGGACAAGAGGCACAGCUUGCUCGCUGAAAGCGCUGUGACAUUGGCAGCGAAGAUACGGAAUAAAGAGCUGACUUCAGAGGAGUUGGUGAACAUUUGCAUUGAGAGAAUUAAACUUGUGAACCCAAUCCUGAACGCGGUGACGGACGAGAGGUUCGAAGCAGCUCUGACGGACGCCCGCGAGGUGGACAGACAAAUUGCUGAGGGUCUCUCGAAGGAGGACUUUGAUAAAAAACCUUUCUUAGGAGUCCCAUUCACAGCCAAAGAGAGCACCGCAGUAGAAGGCAUGAUCAACUCGCUGGGGCUCCGCUCGCGACGUCACUCGCGUGCGGACCGCGACGCCGAGUGUGUGCGGCUGCUGCGGCUGGCCGGAGCUAUUCCUGUGGCCGUCACCAACGUGCCUGAGGUCAAUAAGUGGCAGGAGUGCCGCAACAUGGUGUUCGGACAGACCAACAACCCGUACCACUCGGGGCGCUCCGCCGGCGGCUCCAGCGGCGGCGAGGCCGCGCUGGCGGCCGCGCUCGCCGCGCCUGUCGCUUUGUGUUCAGAUAUCGGUGGGUCCACUCGGAUGCCCGGGUUUUAUUGUGGACUGUACGCGCUCAAUCCCACAGCCGGGUGCACCAAUUUGAGAGGUCUGGCCCUCCGCACGGGUCAAGCGCCCACCAUGGCGUCCAUAAGCUUCGUCAGCAGACACAUACAGGAUCUAGCACCACUCACUAAAGUUGUAGCCGGGGAUAAGGCCAGCCAAUUGGGAUUCGACAAACCUGUUGAUAUUAAAAACGUCAAAGUUUUCUACACGGAAACUGCGCAAGAUUUGCGCGUGAGCCCAAUCAGCUCUGAACUGAGACAGGCCAUGAAAAGGGCGAUAUCCAAACUAGCAGAGGUGGCGCCAUCCACCGCCAGCGGACCAAAACCGUACUACCACCACGGCUUCGACUACAUGUACUCGCUAUGGCGUCACGCGAUGACAAAAGAAGUGGACAGUUUCCCCAAACUCCUGGCCAAUAAUAAAGGAGAGGCGAAGGCUAUUGUCGAAUUGCCCAAAAAGCUUUUGGGCCAAUCAGAGUUCACGCUGGCCGCCAUAUUGAAGUUGGUCGACGAACAGAUCCUGCCGCAGGUUAAUGAGCAAUGGGCGGACAAAUUAACAGACGAGUUGAAGGAAGAUUUGCUUCACGCACUCGGCACGGACGGAGUUCUGCUGUUCCCCAGCGCCCCGACAGUGGCCCCGUACCACUACUCGCUGCUGCUGAAGCCGUUCCACUUCGCGCACUGGGGCAUCUUCAACGUGCUCAAACUUCCUGCGGCUCAGGUGCCACUGGGUCUGAAUAAGGACGGUAUUCCACUGGGCAUCCAGGUGGUGGCGGGCCCUUACCAGGAGUCCCUGUGUCUGGCCGUGGCGGAGUAUUUGGGCAGACAUGUCGGUGGAUACGUACCUCCAUGCAAUGUACACUAAUACAAUACACACCAUACAGUCGCAUACAAACAGUCGCCCUCCGCAUUACAAGAUUUCGAUGCAGUUUUCACUUUUAUGUAGACAAUUUAUGACUGAAGGUACAUACAAACAUGAUGACCCCGUGCGAAGCCGGGCCAGGUCGCUAGUAACAACAACCAAGUUGUACCCACCCGGCAAGAUGCGUUCAUCGAAAAAUGCACUUUGACAACACGAGAGUGUUGUCAAAGU